CGGGGGAGAAGGCGGUAGAGCGAUGGGUGUCGGCGUCUGCGGGCGCUGGUGGUGGGGUCGGGCCCUGCGCCUGUCCCGCCACUUCCGGGGGCCUCCGCGGCGCGGGGCGCGAGGCUCCCUGGGCUCCGGGUCCGGCCCCCGCGCCGCCGCCCCGCUGCCCGCCGCCCCCGUGUCCGAGCUGGACCGAGCGGACGCCUGGCUCCUGAGGAAGGCGCACGAGACCGCCUUCCUGUCGUGGUUCCGCAACGGGCUCCUGGCGUCCGGCAUCGGGGUCCUGUCCUACGUGCAGAGCGACGUGGGCCGGGAGGCGGCGUACGGCUUCUUCUUUCUGGGCGGCGUGUGCGUGGCCUACGGCGGCGCCUCCUACCUGACGGGGCUGGUGAGCCUGCGGCAGUGCAUGCGGCUGACGGCCGGAGGCGCGCUGACGCGGUGCGCCGCGGUCACGUCGGUGGGCCUGCUGUGGCUGUGCGCCGUCUGCCUCUACCUCGGACAGCUGGAGCUGGAGGUGGAGCUGGUGCCCGACGACGGAACCGACCGCUACCCCGGCGACGACGAGGGGGGGCCGCCCGACAAGUGACCCUCUCCAUCCCGCCCGCCACCCCCGACCCGACGGGACGGGGCGGCGCGCUUCUCCCUAUUUAUUUCCCGGGGCGGCGCGCUUCUCCCUAUUUAUUUCCCCGGGCGGCGGCGGCCUUCCCGGGGGGCUCGGACGAGUGAAUUAAAGACCCGGCGUCCGUCCGGUUGGCCCCGCC